AGUCUGCGCAAACGCAAAGCGGCAAACAGUGUGUUUACCCACCCCGAGGUAUAAAGUCGUGUCGCCAGCUACACUGCGACGAUUCCACAGUGAAAGGCGGUAGACACGGAGAAAAAUGCGCGCGGCACUCUUGGUCAUCGCCGUUGCCUUUGUGACCGAGGCCUUCGCUGAGGCGGAACCCUGGGUUGAAGAAGAGGACGUACAAGAUUACAGCGACUACAGAGACUAUCAUGAUAGGGAGAAGCGUGACGUGCACGUUGAAGGCCCGUAUGAGGAACACGUUCGGGUCAAACGCUGUCACGAUGAUGUCGAAGUGAAUAGAGCUAAACGGUCGGCCCAGCACGUCCACCAAUAUGAAGUGUACGAACCCUUUGAGGAAGGGUCCUACCCCGCGCCGUCGUACCAAGAAAUGCUAGCGGCCAGUGCGGAACAUUACCACAAAGUCUAUCUACCCCCUAACGCACGUGUAGCCCGCCAUUUGAAUACCCAAAUCGACGCAGGCCCUUUAACAUUUGGCGUUAAUCCAGACCCCAUAGAAAUUGUCUCAGCGCCGGUGAAUCUUGCUCCAGCGCCUGCUAACUUAAGUCCUGUUCAAUUUACCAGCCAGCCUGGGUCUAUAGGCGUUGUGUCACAGCAGAAAGAAGACUUGGCGCCAGCAGCCGGACACCACGUUGAAAGUCACAAACCUCACGCUUUUGGAUACGAAAAAGGUUUCGGCAAUGCGAGGGAUGGAAGUCAUUUCGCUGAUCACGGAGGAAAGUCAAGCAAAGGAUCCAAAUCGAACCACUAUCUAGACAAAGGUGGUAAAGGACACAAGACUGACGAGCUGCACCGCAAGGAGUACGAAGAAGCAGCUGGGAAGAAGCGGAAGCAUCACGACCACGCGGGACAUAAGGGCAACCAUGAGGAAGAGGCAUUCGGCCAGAGGGGAGCGCACUUCGAUGAGAAAAAGGGACACAGGAAAGGGCACAAGACAAAGGGCUUCCACAACAAAUACCACAAGGACGAAUUCCACAAAGAGCACAAGUUCUAUGACGAUUUCCACAAGGGCGGCGAGCACCACCGCUACGGCAAGUUCAAUGCGCGCCACGCCACCAACGAGAGCGGCAAGAAGAAGGCGCACCAUGUGAACGCUGGUCAUGAUUUUGUUGAGAAGGGCAAGAAUGGAUAUAGCAAAAAGGGUCACGUAGACGCCGACCACCGCGGGUACAAAGGUCAAGCCGGUCACGAAGAUCAUCACGAGCAUCAUUCACAACACGGCAAGAAAGGCGCGAAGGAAGGCGGCUCCCAGUGGGGAUACGCUAAGAAGAAUUAGACUUUAACCACUAGUGAUUAGGUUUGCUAUUGCUGUAGAACUGUACCAUAUAAAGAAAAUGUUCAAGCCCAGAAAUUUGAUUGUGUCAAAUUUUGCACAACAUUUUCUAUUAUAUUUCUGUGAUUUUCCUAUUGUGGUAUGUAAAUGAUGUAAAUGAGGUGUAAGUAACAAAAGAUUUCUGGAAAAAAAUGAUGAAUAACGUUUUUCUAAUAAUAGAAAAGUAUUGAUUCUAUUUUAGCGUAAAACUCUUCAAGUUCAAUCAACACAUUUCAGAUUUUACUUCUUUCUACUACUUUCCACGUAUAAUUAUAGUUGUUUUGAUUUAGUUGUCACGGAAAGUAGUGAACCUUCUUCAACCUAACUUUUACCACAAUUAGUGUAGCAUUUGAUAAGAUAUAACGUUAUAAUGUGGCUGGUAUUAAGCAAGCAACAGUAUUUACAUUGUGAUUAGAUGUUAUUGUUCCUAGCUCAGAAAAUAAAUAUUUAAUUAAAUAAGUUCGCCUGCAGCGAGGUUGCCUUUGAAAAUAUUUAUUAUUACGAAAGGUUGCAUUGUGUACUCUGUUACAGAAAUAUCUCAAGGUAUUCGCUCGAUGUGCAAUUUAUAUAUUAAGCCAUAGAUCUACUAUUGCUUGCACUAAA